AUGUCUAGAAGAGCUGCGAUAGUAGAAGAGUUUGACGACGACACGGAUCUGCCACUUCCUUCGUUUCCUCUGCCUAAUACCGGCUCACGCGGACCUCUCCUGGAAGAGCUGCACAUCUCAGACGACGAAUUUGAGCCUCGUGGAAGUCAGAAAGCAGGCCCUGCAUCGCCAACGCGGUAUCAGCCGAGAACAGAGUCGACUUCGAGAGGGAGUGAUCCAACAUCCAAUAUCAAUCGGGUGACAGACAUCACGCCAUAUAAAAAUUGGUCGUGCAUUUACCCCAUCUAUAUCGACGCCAAACGUCCAUAUGGAAGAGGCCAACGGCGCAUUGAACGUGCAAAGAGCUUGUGGUUUCCACUUAGUAAAGAUAUCGCUGACGCCGCCAGCCAUCUCGGACUCCAAACCCUUCAUGAAGUCAACAAGGCUCACCCUCGAGACUGGGAAAAUCCUGGUCGGGUUAGAGUGCAGUGGAAGAAAGACGGAAGGCUCGUCAAUCCGGCUGUGAAGACAAAAAAGCAGCUUUUGGAAAUGAUCUGCUUUUAUCUUCAGCGCGUCAAUCCUGAGAACAUCCCCAAGCCGCCGUACAUCAUGUCUACCACCACCCCUACCGCAACCACACCUGUGUCCGCUAAAGCAAGCACAACUCCCGCUCUAACACCAUCAGUGCCACCCUCAAGUAAAGAAAAAGGCAAACAACCAGUAGCAUCAACGCUUUCUAAAACAAAAAUGCUAUCUUCUCCACCAACCGUUCGUAGUGGAGGCCGUAAACUCCCUGUACCACCAGAACCCCUUCCUGAUCUCGCAAACCGCGUAUCGGCGUACUCCCCGGCAUUAUCCACCGGCGUUCUCAUUGAAACUGUAAAGGCUGGCAUGAAUGCGACAGAUACCGCUGGCGCAGGAGCUGGUGUAGCAGGCGCAGGAGGGCCAGGAGGAGGUGCUGUAGGGAAAGGGAAAAGAAAAGUUGUUCGCGUUAGGGGAUGA